UUUCUGGCGUAGCCCGGAUCUGUCUGUGACGUCAUCGGUGUGCGCCGGCGACUAGCUGCGACGCGUGUCGGCGUUUACGCGUGUGAGGACGAGCAGCACGUGAAGAUCAGCAGCAAUGGCAUCGACUCAAGAAGCAGAGAUAAUUUUCGCUCAGAAACUCGCGUCUAACGAGAAGCCCGUGAGGAGCAAAGCCCUGGUGAAGCUGAGGAAGUACAUCAUUGCGCGCUCAGAGAGAGCAGAAGGAUUCAGUGAGGAAGAGCUGCUGAAGAUCUGGAAGGGUCUGUUCUACUGCAUGUGGAUGCAGGACAAGCCACUGCUGCAGGAGGAACUGUCCACAAAGAUCUCCAGGCUCCUCCACAGCUUCCGGACGCUGGACAGCCAGUUCCUGUAUUUGAAGACGUUUCUUCUGACCAUGAAGAGAGAGUGGAACGGCAUCGACAGACUGCGGAUGGACAAAUUCUACCAGCUGGUGCGCUUCGUCUUCCGAGAAGUGUUUGAGAUGCUGAAGAGACAGCAGUGGGAGUCCAGGCUGGUCACACAGUUUCUCCAGCUCUUCUCUGCUCAGCUCCUGCACAGCUCCAGUGCGGCUCCGGCCGGACUCGUCCUUCACGUGCUGGACCUGUACAUGACUGAGCUGGCCCAGGUCGGCUCGGCUGAGCUGACAGCGGAGCAGAACCAGACCUUUAUUGAGCCUUUCUUCAAGACUGUGGCCAAAACCAAAGAUCGUGUCCUGCUGAAGGCCAUCGGCAGCAACAUCUUCAACACCAUCGUGGAUCAGGUUCCCUUCGCCAUCCAGGAUCUGCAGAGAGAGAUGGGUCAGAGCGCAGAACUGGACUCCAGCGACGAGUCUGAAGAGCAGCAGCACACGGACGAGACCGAGACCACAGCCCUCUCACACAAACCUACAGACUGUGAUGAAGAGGAGGCUCUCUCAGAAGAUGCUGAUGAUGAAGACACAUGUGGACCUGUUCUUCAGUUCGACUACGGGGCAAUAGCUGACAGUCUUUUUGCGAUGGCCAGCCACUCGAAUAUACAGAGCUUCAACAGAUCCAAGAUUUACAAGUUUGUGAAGAUUUUCCGAGACCUGAGUGAAGGUGUGUUCCCUCAGGAUGAGGUGGAGAAAGUGUCCUCUGAAGAAGAGGAUGUGGAUGAUAACGGCAGGAAGAAGAGGAAGAGGAGGAGACAGAGGAACAAGGGGAUGAAAGAUGAAGAGUCUCUGAAGAAGUCUGAAGCAGAUCUGUCUGAGUCGACGGCUGCGUCAGAUCACACUGAGACAUCACAGGACACCACACCGAAGAAGAAGAGCAAGAAGAAGAAGAAGAGGAGUGUUGAGGGUCAGCAGACCGCCCCCUCGGAGACACAGGACAGCACAGGAGCAGCAGAAGAGAAGCUGGAGUCAUCAGUGUGUGACAGUCAACAUGAGAGCUCCUGCUCUGAGCCUGCCCUUCAGCUCAAGAAGAAGAAGAAGAAGCAGCGGAGGAAGAGGACGGUUUCAGGGAAGACCUGUGAAACAGCAGAGGAAGCAGAUCACUGCUCACAGAUGGACAUCAGCCUUACAUCAGCAGAGAUCGUGACCGCUGGACCGCAGAAGAAGAAGAAACUGAAGAAAAAAGCAAAAGGAGCAGAAUGUGAGGUGACCGGCUCUGUCUCGGACGUCCCAGCUGUAGAUGUGUCCACAGCAUCACAGACCCAGACACACUCCACUAGAGCCUCUCCAAAAACACCAGUGAAGAAGAGAAAACAGAAGGACGUGGUCUCAGACCUUCCAGAGACAGAGACCAAUGGAGACGCGGAGACGGUCCCCACAGAAGGACCAUUGAGAACCAAGAAGAGCAAGCAGAAACCAUCAUCUGUGCGGGUCAGAGCAGAGAGGAAGAGGAGGGCGAUGGAGGACGAGGUCAAGCCUGCACAGCUGAACGGACACACGGAGCAGACCAGAGUCAAGAGACACAAGACCAUCACCGCUUUCUGUCAGCAGGAAGCUGAAGAAGAUGUGAAGGUGAAAGAGUUUGUCCUCCGACAGAAGAGAGCUCCCACACCCAUCUUCUGUAAAGCUGCAGGACACACACACGUGGCCAGUAAGAAGGUUUUGCCAGCUUCAAAAUCUGAAAUGAAGAAAGUUACAUUUGGCCUCAAGAAUAAUAAAACGAUGGAGUUCAGAAAGACGGACCAAAGCUCGCUGCUGAGUCCUGCCCGACAGUCUGCCGUGCCCUUUGACCCCAAGAGGACACCGAAGUCUGGGGUGCUGAAGUCUCCCACCUCAUCCCCUGCGCUCAGGAAGAGAGCCAUGGCUGCAGAUUUCUUUUAAAAUAAAGCUUCACGUCUUGUUCUCUGUGAAUUUGGUCUGUGGAAGCGAUGCAUAAAGAGAUGUUUUAUAUUCA